GCGCAAGGGGCGAAGCUUGUGGCUGGCUGGGAGAUAGGUCACGUGAACGGGAGAUCAUGGGAGGGAAUCGACUAGGCGCGCUAGGCCCAAGUACAGUGUCACGUGACGGCGGCAUUCUCCCCCCAUCCCCUCACGUGACCCGGUGUGUUGUUGCUGCGGCCUCCGCGGGGAGGGUGUCCGCGUGGGCGGUGGCGCGGUCACGUGCAGGGUUUAAAUCGCUCCCUAGAGGGAGGGGGUCGGGAAAAGGGGCUGUGUAACCGAGGCGCCGGUUGCUGCUCCAAGAUGGCGGAUGAGGAGACUCUGCUCCUCCAACCGCGUAGCGGCCGCGGCGCUGCGACUGCCGAGCCCCUUCCUAAGCGCCAGCGCCUGGACUCGGACGACGACGACGGCGGCGGGCGGGGCUCGGGGAAGGGCCCAGGCCCAGAACGAGGGGUUGGGACGGCGCCCACCACAGGCUCCGCGAGUAGGGCGGCGGCGGUGGUGAGGUUGCAGGGGGAGGGAGCGGCGGGCUGGAGCGGCGGGGAGAACGGGGCCGGGCUGCGGGGCCUGCCCCGCGAGGAGCCGCCUCCGCACCAGCAGCAGGGGGAGGGGGCGGAGACGGCGCCCAGUGGAGACGCGGUGGAGACGGCCAUUGGCUACAGACGGUCGCAAUGUUCACACGGGGCGGCAGAGGCGGCUGCCCCGCAUCCCGAUGACAUCCUUUUUAGUGAUGAAAUCAUAGCCAAUGGUUUCCAUUCCUGUGAUAGUGAUGAAGAUGACAGAGCCUCACGUGCUAGCUCUAGUGACUGGACUCCAAGACCACGUAUAGGUCCCUACACUUUUGUUCAACAACAUCUCAUGAUAGGCACAGACCCACGGACGAUUCUGAAGGAUUUGCUACCAGAAACAAUCCCUCCUCCUGAACUGGAUGAUAUGACUCUGUGGCAGAUUGUUAUAAACAUUCUUUCAGAACCACCAAAAAGGAAAAAACGAAAAGAUAUUAAUACUAUUGAGGAUGCUAUGAAACUUUUACAAGAAUGCAAAAAAAUAAUUGUCUUGACUGGAGCUGGGGUGUCUGUUUCUUGUGGAAUACCUGACUUUCGAUCAAGAGAUGGCAUCUAUGCACGCCUUGCAGUAGAUUUUCCAGACCUUCCAGAUCCUCAAGCAAUGUUUGAUAUAGAAUACUUCAGAAAGGAUCCAAGACCAUUUUUUAAAUUUGCAAAGGAAAUAUAUCCUGGACAGUUCCAACCAUCUCUCUGUCAUAAGUUCAUAGCUUUGAUGGACAAAGAAGGAAAACUACUUCGCAACUAUACUCAGAACAUUGACACACUGGAACAGGUUGCAGGAAUCCAAAGGAUAAUUCAGUGUCAUGGUUCCUUUGCAACAGCUUCCUGCCUCAUCUGUAAAUACAAAGUUGACUGUGAAGCUGUUCGAGGAGACAUUUUUAAUCAGGGCCAGCUCCAGUGUUUUUGCCGCCCCAAGGGGGAGCCCCAAUUGGCGGCACUUCGGUGGCAGUUCUACAGCCGCCACAUUGUUCUUCAGUGGCAAUUUGGCAGCAGGUCCUUCCCUCCAAGCGGGAGAGAGGGACCCGCUGCCGAAGAGCCGGAAGUGCCACCCCUCUCCGUUUGCUGCCCCAAGUACCUGCUUGCUGCGCUAGUGCCUGGAGCCGGCCCUGUUCCUUUAAAUGUUCCGAGAAAGUUUGGUUCAGUCUGGGUAAAAUUUGAUAAACAGCACAUGACACAUGAGUUGUACUGCGUGCAAGACUACAAAUGGGAACCUGCAGCAGCCACCUCAAAGAAAGAUUAUUCAGCAGUUGUUCCAAGAUGUCCCAGGUGUCCACCUGAUGAACCACUUGCCAUCAUGAAGCCAGAGAUAGUGUUUUUUGGAGAAAACUUACCUGAGCAGUUCCAUAGGGCCAUGAAGUAUGACAAAGAUGAAGUUGAUCUCCUUAUUGUUAUUGGGUCUUCACUGAAAGUAAGACCAGUAGCACUGAUUCCAAGUUCCAUCCCCCAUGAAGUGCCUCAGAUCUUAAUUAAUAGGGAACCUUUGCCUCAUCUACACUUUGAUGUGGAGCUUCUUGGAGACUGUGAUGUCAUUAUUAAUGAAUUAUGUCAAAGGCUAGGUGGUGAAUAUACAAAACUUUGCUAUAACUCAGUAAAACUUUCAGAAAUAACAGAAAAGCCCUCACGAAUGCACAAGGAACUUGAAAUGCAUUCAGCUGAGUUACCACCUACCCCUUUAAAAAUUUCAGAAGACUCUAGUUCACCGAACAGAAUGACACCACCAGAUCCUUUAGUGGUACUUUCAGAGCAUCCAGCUGAAGGUAAAGCAGAAAAUGCAGAUCCUCCCUCAGAAUCUAAAGGGAAUUGCAUGGAGGAUAAAUUGCAAGAAGUACACGCAUGCUCAGAAAACUCUGAAAGUAUUUCUGGCCAGCUAAUGAACUCAGAACAUAUGAAGGAUAAUAGAGCUAACGAGGAAAAUAAAGAGAAAAAUGAAAUAACUUCAUCUGUUGAAACAUUGAGGAAAUGUUUGGCAAACAGAUUUGCAAAAGAACAAAUUAGCAAGCGGCUUGAUGGUACUCAAUACUUAUUUUUACCACCAAAUCGCUACAUUUUCCAUGGGGCUGAGGUAUACUCGGACUCUGAAGACGAUGUCCUAUCUUCUAGUUCUUGUGGAAGUAGUAGUGAUAGUGGUUCUUGUCAUAGUCCAAGCUUAGAUGUAGAAGAUGAAAGUGAGAUUGAAGAAUUCUAUAAUGGCAUAGAGGAGGAGGAGGAUGCUCCAGAGAGAGAAGAGGAGACUGGAUUUGGGGAAGAUGGAGUUGUUCAAGAUGCAGUUGGUGAACCAGCUUAUAUAAAUGACGCUGCAGGAAUUGAUCGUCCAUCAAACAAAUUGUAAAGUAAUCAUUGACGGUUACAGGAACUUUUCCACCAGCAUUAGGAGCUUUGGCAUGUUGGAAUGAAUGUUUACUUCUGAACUUAGAGCAAGGAAACCAUAUGGAUGUAAUGUUUAUAAACAACUAAAACAGAUUUUCAUGCAGUUUUUAAAACUUUUUUUCAAUAAAAUUUUGUAACUGCAUUCAACACUAACUUUUUUUUUUUUUUAAAAAAGGUACUAAGUAUCUUUAAGCAAUUGUCACUAUGUUCACUUUUAUUAAGUUCAUUUGUGUGAUCAGGCAUCUGUGUGUGUGGGUGUGUGUAUAUAAACAGUAUUUUUGCUUAACGAAUUUCAACAUAUAUUAUUUUUAAACAGUUUUGAAAAAGCCAUUGGAAUGUCAAACUAAUAUAAAGGGAACAGCUAAUCUAGACCAAAGAAUGGUAUUUUUACACCUCGUGGUUUAUAACAGUUUGGUUUAUUUAUAAGCUCUUUGUGCUUCUGCUAAAUCUUUCGUUCUUUUAUAAUCUGUCAUUAAACACUGGCAUUUUCCAAGA